AUGCAGAGCCACGCCGGCGGCCAUGCGUCGGCCCAGCCCAGCCCAGCGCCAAAGAAGCCCAUAAAUCCUGGAAGAAAGUUCAUCCAUCUGCAAAAAUCACAUCUGCAGAUCUGCUCGUUUUCUUGCCGCUGCUCAAUCUCAUACUCCUCAACGCCUAUCCUCUCCGGCGCCCGACGCUCGACGGUCCCCGCUGAAUGUCCUUCUCCUGUGAAGUCUGAUCCCCUCCCCGGGGGCUUACCACCGGCCACCGGCGCCUGCUUGCUGUUCCCCGACCCGCUAGCUACCGCUAUAGCUUCUUUCGCUGGGUUGUACAAGAAGAAGAGAAUGAUUUCGGUGAAGCGGGUCUGCUGCUCUACUGAUGAUGAAGGAGAGGUAUCACCCUUACUACCUUCAAGCUGCCGUUAUGUGCCAACAUGCAUCGACUACUCUAUGCAGGCGUAUGAAAGGUAUGGUCUUGCGAAGGGUGCAAUCUUGACAGCGCGGUGUAUGUGCCGUUGUAAUCCUCUUAGUGGACAGGGAUAUGAUCCUCCAAGGUGGUUUGGUGGGGAAGAGUUACCUGAGGAAUAAUGACUGGAACACUAGACAUCUGGUGCUGCAAGCCUGCAACAACAUGGACCUUAAGUCGACCGAUUGUAUCAUCAAGAAUUAUUGCUAACUUACGAUGCUAUAGAUUGUGUUGUUCCUCAUAUAUUUACUCAUGCCUAAUUGAGAAAAUUGAAGAAAGAUAUCUAGACACCUUGUCAGAUUGAGUGACGCAGGGAUUACACAUAA